AGCCGGUGUUUCAAAUGGGAACCUGUUGCGCCUCUGAGCGGGGUCAUGCUUUGGAUCAGGACUUCCCCGACUUCGCGGAGAAAUGCCAAGUGGUUUCUGUGAGGUUUGACCACGAUACUGUGAAGGAAAGUUUGUUGCAAGCAGAUCAGGUUGAUGCCAUUCCCCUCAACUACGACGUUUUCCCACAAGAGCUCAUAGACCAGACCGUCGCUUUUGCAACAGAGCAGCUGGGCAUGUCAAUGUCUGAGUGGCAGAAGGAAUGGUGCACUCCUUUCCGUGUGUCACUCUAUUUGCGCGGAAGGAACGGGGAUGUUAUGGCUGCUGGGAAGCUCGUGGCAAAAGCUUUAGAGUGGCGAAGGCAGCAUUGGGACCUUUUGACUGGCCAGCGGACUCCUAUCUGGCAAGGGGACAUGCGGAUUCUAUGCCAAGGAGGUUCAGGUCAUCCGUUGCUAUACACAUCUCACAGGUUCCAGACUCAAAGCUAUAACCAGCGGGACAUGGUCGAGCAUGCAGCGGUCGUCUUAGAGACGGCCGUGAAGAUGAUGCCCCAGCACGUGCACCAAUUGGAUGCCGUCCUGGAUUUGAAGCACUUCCAGCUUCGCUACAACUUAGAUCCACGAGGUGUCAUCGGUGCAGGCGAGUUGCUCAAGUAUGCCUUCAGAGAUGUGCUCCGGAGUAUUAUGAUUGUGGAUGCGCCAGCUGCUCUCAGUGUGCUUUGGAGCUUGGUGAAGCCCACCUUGCCUGAAGGCACACAGCGGAAGGUGGUCUUCCUUCCAGCGGAAAAGGCUUUAGAGUGUGUGUCCCGACUUCAAGGUGCACGAGCAGCCCACGUCCUCCAAGAAGUCAUCCAGGCGAAUCGUGAAGCCCACGGAGACGGCGCCGUCCCGCGCUUUCCGAGCGAGGUCGCAGUGUACGAAUCAGCGGAUGACCUGAGGGCCAGGAAAGUUGGGUGAAUUCGGAAGUUCAUCAGGGCCGUGUC